AGAUGUCUUAGAAUUUGCGUAAAAUUACAAUAGAAUUGUAUGUAUGCGUGUAUAAUUAAGUAUACAUGUGUAUAUAUAUACCAAAUAUAUAUCUCGCUAUUUUCUUAAAUUUAUAUAAAUUGUAUGAUUAUGUACGGGCGACCAAUGGCACCCUUUUUAAUCAUUAGAUACUUUAUUGAUACGUGUGCGUUUGUUGCGCACGUGCGAAAAGCCCCUCACAAUACCGUUGCGCGGGCAACGCAAACGAUUUCUAAACGUGGAGGAUCGUGAAGGAUGUCGACAGUGAGACGGCCUGGAAGUCCUGGAACCAACCGAUUUAUUAAAGAAGAGAAAGAAUCUCAAGCGUAUUCUAGAUUCGCGCGGCUGCGAAGCCUCGACAUCCGCACGUUAGGCUCGAAACCAAGGCGUAAAACGGGAUGCAUAGCACAGUCAGCGCGUUGCGCGAAGCCAUUGAGCCCGGCGUGAUAACGCGGAGUAUGCUCGUUUCUUUGGCGAUCGACCAGGGACCGAAGAAAGAAGGCGGCCGACUCUUUCUCCAAGACGGAAUCGAGUUGGAUAAAUUAGAAGAGAUUCGCAUCGAGUUCCUCAAGAUCUUGAACAUUGAUCAUCUCUGGCUGUUGAAAAGCCUGGUCAAACUGUCGCUGUCUCAUAACAUUAUCGAGAGAAUCGAGAAUCUGGAUGAGCUCUGCCACCUGAGGGAACUGGACCUCUCGUUUAAUCGCAUCAAGAUUAUGGAAAACUUGGACAAUCUACGUCAAUUGGAGAUCCUGCUUCUGUACAGCAACGAGAUUUCGAUUGUGCAGGGUAUAAGUGACUUGAGGAAUUUGACCAUUUUGAACAUCGGCAAAAAUAGGAUCCAUGACUGGAAGCAUGUUGAAUAUCUACGUGACUUCAAGUCGCUGAAAAGUUUGAACAUGUGCGACAAUCCUUGCACGGAGACGGAAGGAUACUUGGACUGUCUGUUCGCAUUUGUGCCCCAGUUAAUUUAUUAUCAAUAUAGAAUGAUAUCCGAGAGCGAUCGUCAAUCCGCCAUCGAUAAGCAUUAUCGUGUAAUUAGCAAUCUCGAAGAAAACGAGGCAAAGAUGCGAACGGAAUUGGCGUUGCAGCGAGAACUUGAAGAAAAGACUGCACUACUGUCUGCGUCAUACGUGGAACACCUUGAUGAAGAUUAUCUAUUCCAACAAAUGUUCUCUUCCGAUGAAGCAGGCAGAACGUUGUCCACAAUAAACGAAACUACACAGAAUGCGUUCGAGGAGUACAAAAAGUCUUUCGUUGCAAUAUGCCAUGAAUUAUACGAACUGGGUUUACGAGAGAAUGAUAGCAGAACGGAGGAUAUAAGAUUGUUUGAAGUUGCUGUUAACGAGGGCAAGGAAAAUACGCAAAAUGAAGCAAGAAGGUACGUGGAUGAGAUACUUGAAAAUAAGACGAAGAUAUUUGCGAAUAUAAAAAAGGAACUGGAAGCUUUAAUGGAGAAGCAAGAGGAAGAAGUCGAGAACACCGCCGCGAGAGCAAGGGAAUUAUUUAAUGAAUUCAAUGACUUAUUGUCCAAGGCACGAAAUCAAUUGAUAUCUAAGGAAAUUGUAUUACAUGAUCAAAUCGAGGAUAUAAACCAGGUGUUCAGGACCAAUAUGACAGAUAUGGUCAGCUCCUUCCUGGAAACCGCACGAGGACACUUCUCCACGUUACGAAAAGCAGAGAUUGAAUAUAACGAUGUUAUAAAUCAGUUAGUUUCACAUUAUCUAGGCGGUUUGGAGGACGAAGCAUGCAUACCAUUUCAUCUUAAGAAUUUAUGCUGCGAUAAGGAUACUUUGGCCACCACUCUUGCCACCUCGCACGAGAUGCACUUACAAGUGAUAGACGAUCGAGAGAAGCGCAUGACAAAUCGGCUCGACAAUUGGCUCGAGGACUACGUUAACCAGUUAAUCGCGGACGAGAAUAAAAGGAAUCGUCAGCAGAUAUUGGAAAUAUCGCACUUUUUUGAAUACCUGCAGCAACAACUUAAUGUAUUGAGCUUGCCGCAACAGUUAGAUCUGGCGGACAUUGAUCUGGGCGACGAAGGUAUAUUGGAAAAUUAAUCCGCCACAGCGUGUUCUCGCCCCUUUUGACGGCGCGGAACAAAAUUCAGGGAGCAGAGUGAAGUGAGUGUCACAUUUGUUAACGCAGUAUGAAAAUAUAUAUUCUAGUACAAAAUAUAA